UGGGGGGGACGGGGGGGACCGACCCGGCUGCCCUUACCAGGGAGAUGAGGUUGGUGAGGGUCAGCUUGACCUGCACUUCCACCGCGCCCCCGCCCUCGCCCACCGGCCGCACCGUCUUGUCGUAGUCGGCGAAAAGGGCGUCGAAAAGGCGGGCCUCCUCGUUGCCCUCCAGGAGGUCUGUGGGGGGGACACCAUCAGCACCCCCGCUCCGUCCCAGCACAGCAGGCACUCCCCCAUGCCCCGCGUCGAAUACCCAGCCCCGGCUGGCAACGAGUCCCCAAGCAGCCCCCCAAGCAAAAGGUCGGGCCCCCCGCGCACCGGACGCCCAUCUCCCGGCCCUUUCUUACGGAAGAUUCCCCAGCACAGAAGCGCCCCCAGCCAGAAGCUCAGCCCCAUGGCGGCGCCGACCGGACUCUGCAAAGACUUUCCCUGCUGGGCCGGGCGGGCAGGAGGUUAUUUUGAGGCCGCGCUCCGCUCCCCAGGAGGGGCGUCCAGCAGGCUCGGCCCCCGCACGCAUGCCGGGUGUUGGCUUUCAAAGCCCCCCGCCGCCCCCGACUCGCUUCCUGCACCUGUCGAGGGCUCCUCUGGACUCCGGACAGGAAAGUCGGUCUCCUGGCCAAGGAAGGCGGGGGGAGUGAGAGGGAAGCCGGGAAGCCGAGCUCGCGGCCCCGCUGCCCCCCAACUGCCCAAGGAAGGCCGGCCAUGGGGAGCUCUUUGAAAGCCCCUCUCCAGAGGCGGGUGGAGUUCAGAAGCACCCAAGACACCUUCUGCCCCGCCUCCCUCCACAGGCCCAGCGUUUUUUUUGGGGGGGGGGCUCUGUUCAUCUCCUCCCGCUUAUGAGUUUGCCGGAUUCAGGGAGGCGACCCAAAUCUUUCCCAAUCCCUCCUGACCGUCCAGAUCUGCCCCAGUGCGGCUGCCCCCCUGCCCAAGGACGCCCGUCCCAUAACUCCGGCUUAUAGCGGUGCACUCUGGGUAUCCCCAGGAGCACUCUCCUCUGUUUCAAAGGCCCCGCCUACAAAUCCAGCGUGCUGCCUCCCAGCCUCCCGCCCACCAGGCCAAUUCCCUUCCCCAGAGGAGUCGGGAGUCCUGGCUUCUCCCCUGCCCCCUUCUCCAGCUUUAAGCCCGAGUCAUGGAGUCAUACUUCCGCAGAGAGCCCCCCCCCGUUUCAACCAACUAAAUGCCCCUCCCCUAUCAGAGGACCCAGGAGUCCGGGCUCCCUUCCUUCCAACGGAGGGGGAGGCCCUGACAGGCAGGCCCUCGUCGCCUUUCCUUCCUUCCCGGCUCUGGCCUCCUCCUUCCCACAGCUCUGUCUGGCCCUCACAGAUAGCGCCCGGUGCCUCUUCCCAGCUCUAAUAAUAAAGCGCCCGUUUCUUCUCCCCAGGGCCCUUGGCACACGGAGGGUGCCCCACACAGGCGUGAUGACGGAGGCUGUGUCUGAGUUGCAGCUGCUUCUGGGGCAGGAGGCCUGACUCCGCCCGGCCACCCUUUCAAGCCUGCCAAUGGCUCCGGGCCACAAUAGCUGCGUCUGCCUCCACCGCCGGAGGCAGGAAAUGCCUCUGAAUAACGCCUGCUGGCUGCCAGGAAUCCGGUGCCAAUUGGGCCAUCCCUCUGUUUCGAGGUGCCAGGCGGAGCCGGUCUUAGUCACCCAGGCUUUAUACAUGUGCCGCUGGUGAACAUGUUAGGAUAGGGUUACACUCAUUUUUCUGCAUGUUUUCCGUGUUUUUUUGUAAGUCACUUGAGUUCACCUUUCUGAAAGAAAAUAACUGCUGUGGAGCUCAGGGCUUGCUGCUCAGGGCCUCCUUCCCACAUUGGGGCAUCCGGCUGUGAGAGGAAGAGGGCGCCGAACUCGAUGGGUCUUUCUGGGGCCUGAGCCAGCAGCCUCAGGGCUCUCCUGACAUGGCUCCAGCUGAGGCAGAAUCUGGGCUUCUGCAAGAGAAUCACAAGCCGAGGCUACAAACCCCCAGCGGUCUCUGCCAGUUCAGCUGUUUGGGUUAGGGGUAGAUCUACACACUAUACAUUUAAACCAGAGUGAAACCAGUUUAACUGUCACAGCUUUCCCCAUUGAAUCCCUGGGAGAGAGAAAAACACUAUUUGGGAGGGUGCUGAACAGGGAGGGAGGGGGAGGGGUGUCCAGGAAACCACGGAGGGACCUUCCGCUGUUUGUGGGGCAGGAGAUUGGGCUGUGGGUUAGAUCCAAAGUGCCUGAGUGAGUUGGAAGUUGUGAGCGUUGCCAGGAGGAGCUGAGGAGGAAGGUAAGACUUGGGGUGUCUUGGAAGAGAUGGGGUGCUGGUGGCAGACUACACACCCUGCAAGGUAGGCAUCUGCUCUUGCCAAGCCAGCAGCCCUCAAGGCAGAAACAUCGCAGGCAGCUGCAGGAGACCAUUUGAGCAAAACAAAACGCAGCAACAGGCAGGCUACAAAGGCACAAAAGUAGUGAGCAGGCAGCGUCAUCCGGAUUGUUCAUCAGCCUGCAGUGAGAGAAAACCACAUUCUUGACCACGUGAAGGUAUUCUCCGAUUGUGGCUGUUGGAUUCAAACCAUUCAAGGGUUUUCCACUGGAAUCAGGAGAUACACUGCAGUGCUCCAUGGACCUUCCCCAUCUUGCCCUCCUGAUCCUCCUUGCUGCGGCAAGAGCUGUGGAUCCCCCAAAACUCUGUGACUCCGAGAUGAACAAGGUCAAGGACCUGCUCCAGGUGAGCUGUGUAGACAAGGGGCUGAGCAGCGUUCCCUCCGGACUGCCCACAGACACUGGCAUUUUGCUUCUGGGCUCCAAUCGGCUGGCCCAGGUCUCCAUGGCUUCCUUCCAGCACCUAAGCAGCCUGGUCGAGCUGGACCUGUCGAACAACAGCCUGGGAGCCCUGCAGACAGGGGCCCUCCUGCCCACCCUUCAGCAGCUGGAUCUGUCCCAUAACGCCCUGAAGAGUCUGCCCGCCCUACAGGGGCUGCCUAGCCUGAGGCGCCUGGCCUUGGGGCACAACGCCAUUGCCGCGCUGCCCGAGGCGGGCUUCCAGGCUCUGGGCCUCCUGCAGGACCUGGAGCUCCAAGGGAACAGGCUCCAGACUCUGACUCCAGGAGCCUUCGAGGGCCUGGUGGGACUGAAAGACCUGGACUUGUCCGAUAACCUUCUCAAGUCCCUGCCGCGGGAGCUGCUGGUCGGGCUGGGGGCGCUGGAGAUCCUGCGGUUGGAGAGGAACCAGCUGAAGAACGUGCCAGACGCCUUCUUCCCCGAGGACAUCCUCUUCGCCUACCUCUACUUGGCCGAGAACCCCUGGGCCUGCGACUGCGGGCUGGUGUACCUGCGCGACUGGAUCCUCGAGAACGAGAUCAGCAUGUACACGCGUGUAAAAGGCAAGGAAAAGGAGAUCACAGAGAACAACCCCGAGAGCAUCACGUGCCAGACACCGGCUGCAGAGGAAGGACGCCCCGUCAUGCACUUCCAGGCAGACUGCAGGAAACUCAAGGGUGACAGCGAUGUGGGGGAGGGCACCCGGGAGGGCACCCGGGAGAGCUCAGUAUACACCACCGCUACCACCACUACCGCUGCCGCCACCACCACUACUGCUGCCACCGCCGCCACCACUACCGCUGCCGCCACCACUACCGCUGCCACUGCUGACGCCGCCACUACUAUCACCACUGCUGACACCACCACCAUGCCAAUGACUCCCACCAAUGUCCUUCUGUCCACUGGCAUAUCCACAAGCCCUGCCAUGCCCACCACAUACACCCCAAGCACGCCCCUACCCGCCAGGCCCCUUUCAACAGCUGCCGCCCCCACACUUGCCCCCACCACUGUGACACCACCACCAAGUGUCCCCACUAUCCCCACCUCCUCUACCCCGGCCACAACCACCCCCACCAUGGCUAUACCACUCACCAGUGUCCACACGCCAAUCCCUACAGCCACUCAGGUCCCUGUUCUCACUUCAGCCCCCCCCUCAAGUCCCCUGGUGCCCCUGACAACUCUGCAAGCCGUACCAGCUCCAGUGAUGACUGUCACCAAUGCCCAUCCUCCGCCAAGCACCGCAGCCCUAUCAAGACCCCCGCCUGCCACAAGACCUCCCAGCACUUCAGCUCCUGCAUCUGACUGCUGCCCUCCUCCUCCCACUGAGCCCACCGCCCCUUGCCUGUGCCCGGUGCUGCCAGCUAGAGCACUACAGCUCACGAGUCACCGUCGGUCUCCAGGGACUUGGGCAAGCAUGCUGGCAGCUCAUUGCUGCCCUGUGCGCUUGGUGCUGUACAUUGCUUGCCUGGUGCUUGUGCUCCUUCCAAUUCUGGCUGUGCUAUGUUGGCUGGGGUGGAUGUACCGCAGCUGGCACCGCCCAGCCCUGCAACGUGCUCCAGGGGCCCGGCUGGUCAGGUACCAGCAGUUGCAGAAGGCCACAUCCAAAGGGUGGCAGUUCAUGGGUGCUGAAAUGCCGAGGCCUCUGGGUAGGCCACCAAUCUACCGUGUCUGCAAGAAGUUCAAGAUUGCCCCCUUCCGCCACGUCACCUGGCUACUAAUCAGCUUGCCAGGGCCUGGCAAACAGUGGCCCUGGGAGCGCAGGCAGGGAAAUACCUCCUCCUACAGCUUGGAUCGCGGAAGGGACACCAUUGGGGCCGUAAGGGUGAAAUAUGCUGCCUCCACCUUGUAGAGGCCCAAGGACCUGAGACCCCAAGGGUAGGGCCUCCGCUUCCUUGAGGGUGCAGGAAUGAGCUCGCAUCACAGGUUGGCAGGGGAACCUGGAGGGGUUGGAGCAGGCCCCAGGCCCCAUCUUAGAAGGACAGCCAAUUCUGAAGUAACUCAAGGGAGGGGAGAGGCUCAAGGCUUGCUGCCUAUGGGAGAAUUAAUGGGACCCUGGCAGGGGGGGGUCUGGCCCAGUCACAAGACAGGGCCAGAUGCUCAAGUGUUAUGUUGGCUCUUUCCUCUGUUAUGAAAGGCCUGAGGCAGAGAGUUCACCAGUUCGUACAGCAUCAGGUUGCAUUUAUUGGCUUGCUCCCAAGGAGGCCUCAGUGGGCAUUUUGAGUGCUCCCCCCCCCCCAUAUCUUGGUUCCAGACAGGCUCAGCUUUGUGUCAAAGGCGAAAUGCCAAAGAUACCUUCAGCCCACCGCCUGGGCCUCAGCACUGGACCACUCCCCAGGUCGCUCCCUCCUCUCUAGGUAGAUUUAAUAUGCUCCUUCCAACAGCGCUGGAUAGCAAAGGGGGCAUUUCCUGCCCAUGCGCUUCACCAUGCAAGACCCUCUGGGGCUUCUGUGCUCCUUUGCCAGCUCAUCCACACAUCCCAAAUUAGUAUUUUCACCCUCAACCUCCCCACCCCUUUUGCAUUAAAGUUGUCCAAAUCCUUUGCCUUGCAUGACCUCUGGCCACAGCUGAAGCCCAGUGGCCAAUGAGGGACAUCCUCACCCAAAUUCAUGACACAGUCAGAUGGAAAGAAUCCAGGGGGGCCUCUGGAGUGACAGCAGUGUGGAAACCCAUGCAAUGCCCCCACCUCCUUGUCAGGCCUGCCUAAGGUCAGGGUUGGGUCCAUAGCUCAGCAGCAGAACAGCUGCUUGGCAUGGAGGAAGUCCUGGAUUCAGCUCCUGGCAUCGCCAAUUAAAGGCUAUGGGGCAGGCAGCAGUAGACCCGAGGCAGCACCCAGCUGGUGGGCUCCAGGGUUUGCCUCAAUACAUUGCGUAUACAUACACUUGGGCUGGGAAGGGGGAUGCAGCAGCUCUUGUGAGCAGCACAUUUGUUUGUGAAAGUCACAACCGGGAGAGGAAGGCUACACUUCAGUCUCUUGUAACCAUUUGUAUUUAAGGCUUUGGCUGUGCAGAGCCCCGGCACGCGUCUGCUCAAAGGGAGAGUCCCCUUUGCCUUCCCCUUGGCCUAGGGUGGCCUUUGCCGCUCCCAACUGCCGCUGGACUCCAGCUCUCAUCAUCCCGGAGUCUGACUGUUGGGAACGCAGACUGAGGCUCAUGGGAGUUGUAGUCCAAAACAGCUGGAGGGCACCAAGUUGGCAAAGGGUGGCCUAGAGUUGCUUACCUGGCCCUUCCUGACUCUUUGCUUAAAAGUUUGUUUUUGUCUUGGAACAAAUUUAAGUUUAAAAAGGAACACAAACCCCCAACACAGCUCACACCUCUCCAGCCAGGAAAGGACAGCGGCCAAAUGCUUCUUAAAAUGUUUUUCUUAAUGUUUUUAACCCUUUUUAAAAAGAUGUUUUUAACAUUUUGUCUUAAUGUAUUUUAAGGUCUGUUUUUAGUGCAUCUGUUUGCCGCCCUGGGCUCCUGCUGGAAGGGCGGGAUAUAAAUCAAAAAUAAAUAAAUAAAUGUGUCUUUGACAUUUUCAUGCCUUUGAGAGCUACUGUUGUGCAUUUAACUUGUAAU